GACGUUUCUCCUUCGACAAAAUCGCGCCGCGGCGUGUGUGCAGCUGUGUUCAUUAAUGUGGCUCACCAGAAACCAGUCUCAAAAACAGUAGGAAAGAAAUAAAUUGAUACAACAGAUCGACUGGGAAAGCAACAGCUUCUGCCCUCCAGUAUGAGUGACGACACAGACACCCCUCCCGAGAGGGAAAUGAAGGAUUUUCAGUUUCGUCAGAUGAAGAAAGCAAGAGUUUUUGAGGCCCCUGAGGAUUUGCCAAAAGAACGAUCCAGCUUGCUCACCAUCUCAAACAAAUUUGGUUUAACCUUUGUUGGGCUCGACAGAACAUUCAAAGUUUACCGAACUCAAGAUAUACUGGCUGCUGAUAAAGCUGAUGGAAACUCCAACGAAAUAGUGAGUGGGAUAGCAGCAGUGGCGGAGGUGACUGUGGAGCUGGCUCUGCACCACUUGGCUCUCAGUUGUGAUGAACUCACUUUGUCAGUAUGUGGCAUGUCUGAGGGAGGGGGGUUGUCCCUCACAUUCUACGAUGUCCGCACCUUUAUGAAUAAGGCAAGACUACAGAAGUUACCUUUUACGUCGAUGCAGGCGGCUGCACCCUCUGGCACUUCAGUGCAGGACCUGAAGUGGAAUCCCACUCAGGCAUCCACUCUGGCUGCCUGCCUGUCUGAUGGCAGUAUGAUGAUUUUGGAUGUCACUGACAGUGUCAAAGUACAGGCUCAGCUACCUGCUUCUAGUGGCAUCACAUGCAUUUGCUGGAGUCCAAAAGGAAAACAAGUUGCUGCUGGAAAAAUGGAUGCCACAGUCACUCAGUAUACACCAUCACUAGAAGCGAAGAAAGAUAUCCCAUGUCCACACUUCUACACUUCUUCCUCUGUUGAACCUGUCAAAGCUCUGGAUGUGCUGUGGCUGAAAACCUUUGUGUUUGCAGUGGUGUACGCUGCUGCAGAUGGAUCCCUUGAGACCCCUCCUGAGCUAGUGUUGAUCUCCCUCCCUAAGAAGGAUGAGAAUGUGGAGACAAAGUGUCUGAACUUUGGUGACCUGGUGUACGGCAGCUGCACUGAGCGACUACACCACUACUUCCUUAGCCACGUAGAGGACUGGGACCUCGUGUUUGCAGCAUCAGCAGCUUCCAUAGAAGUCAGCGUCAUAGCAAAACAAGAUGAGAAGAUCUGGGAACUUUGGAUCCUGGAAGAUGCGAGUAGGGCUGAGCUCCCAGUGACCGAGACCAGUGACGACACUCUGCCCCUCGGCUUAGCCAUAGACUACACCAGCCAGCAGGAGAUCCACAUCUCUGAUGAGAAGACCUUACCCCCAGCGCCCACUAUGCUAAUGCUGUCCACAGAGGGAUUACUCUGCCCAUUUGCUCUGCUCAACCUCAAUCCUGGGGUUAAGCAGCUGGUGUCACCUCCCAGUGCCCUCCCCUUGGAGGGAGAGAGACUGUCCAAGCCAGGUUCUUUGGCAACCCAACCACCCAAAGUCACUGCAUCCAUCCUAUCUGCCCCAGUGGCAUUCCCAAGCCUUGGCUCUACUCCUGCAGCUCCUGCUGCCUCUGCUGCCUCUGCUGCCUCUUCGUCUGUGGCUCCAUUCAGCGUUGUCCCUGUGUCAUCGUCAUCAGGCUUCACUUUCUCUGUCCCAACUACCUGCGCCACCUCAGCCCCUCCAGCUUUCUCCCUUGGGGGAUCCAUACCUUUCGGCUCAGGAUCCUCAGGCUUCUCCUUUGCCUCCAAACCUCCCUCUGACACGCCUUCAGCACUUUCAGCAUUUUCUUUCAGCACCCCUUCCAUCAAACCACCAGCAGCUCCAGCUCCAGCUCCAGCUCCAGCUCCAACUCCAACUCCAACACCAACACCCCAGAGCCUUGUCACUGCCUCUCCACCCUCUGUGAAACUGAAUCUAAAUGAGAGGUUUUCAGCAGUGGAGACCCCAGCACCAGCCCCACAGUCUUUCUCCUUUAAUUCUCCGCUGCCCAAAGCAACUGUGCCCAGUUCCAGUAGUUUGACAGCACCAGCAGUGUCAGCCACUAAACCACCAGCUGUAUUGGCCCCAGUGCGUCCAGUUCAAACCAGCACACCACCCACAGUUGUCCAGAAACCCACUCCUGCCGCCCAGGGCCGUGUCCAAACUCCACAGGCUGCUGUUAAUGUGAAGGCCCUGGAGAAGCAGCUACAGCAAAAGAAAGACUCGGAUCACAUCAUGGCUGGUAUUUUGGAGGAGAUUGCGCACUUCCAGAAGGAGCUGGAUGACCUUAAGGCAAGAGGUGCAAGAGCUGACUUCAAAGUUGGCACCAAUGAGGAGAUGAAGGAGUUGAGGAAGGAGUCUGAGGAACUCCAUAUUUUCACCCUGGAGAUCAAGGAAACUACAGAGUCUCUCCAUGGGGACAUUGGGACUUUGAAGACUACCUUAUUGGAAGGCUUUGCUGGGGCAGAAGAAGCCGUAGCCCAAAGUGAACUGAGCCGAGACAGAAAUUACAGACAGCUGCUGUACAAAAAACCUCUGGACCCUCGCAGUGAGGAACAGCUCAAGGAGAUUCGCAGGCUGUACCAGUAUGUUAUGUUUGCUGUGGAAGAUGUCAAUGAUGUGUUGGAUGUGGAAUGGGAGAAACACCUGGAGAAGAAGAAAAAGCAGAAACACAUGGUUGUGCCAGGGCGCGAGGGUCUGUUCACUACACUGGCCAACAACCUGUACAUCAUCAACCAGCAAAAGAACAGACUGGACCAGCUGGUGAAGGAGCUCACUUCACUGCGGCUCUACAACAAGACUACCACACCAACUAUAAGCCGCAGCACUGCUACAACAACAACUGCUGGUUUGGAAAGCGAGCUUGAGAGUUUAAAGGAUGCGCUUCUGAAAGCCAGACUGGACACCACCCCUCCAAAGACCAAAUCCAAAUCUCCAGUCAAGAUAUCACCAGUGAAACAGUCCCAGCUGCGAAACUUCCUGUCAAAGGGGCAGAUGCCUCCUGUUCGCUCUACUGCACCAGCCAACCUGUCUCGCUCGGCCUUCCUUUCACCUAAAUACUAUGAGGACUUGGAUGAUGUGAGCUCUACCUCAUCCCUAUCCCAGUCCUUGGACCCCCACCCGGCUCACUUGGAGCUGGAGGAGGAAGAACUACAGUCAGAACUGGCUCCCAUGCCUGUCAUACCCCCAGCAAUGUCCACCUCCCGCCAUCCCACAGUUGUGAGGACUUCUUCUCUCCAGCCAGGCUUUGGAGCCAUCCAGUCCACUCCUUUAACCAAAAUUCACCCAGUGCAGGGUUUGGGCUUUGGACUCAGCCCUAUUGCCAGCCCUAUUCCAGCCAAUAAGAUCAACCUCAGUGGGCCUGAUAGCACUGCUCUGGCCACUAAGACAGUAAAACAUGGAGCCCCACCAACUGAGAGGACAAUACCUGUCACCAUACCUGCCCAGCAGGCUGCAGCCAAUGCUGCUCUACGCAGGCAAAUGGCCAAUCAGAAGACGGCUGUAGUCAGUACUUCCCUGACAGAGUCCACUUUGAAGACUGUUCCUCAGGUGGUCAAUGUUCAGGAGCUCAAGGACAAAGGAUCUCCUGUUUCCAAUAUCAUCAGCUCAUCAGUGCCAGAUCCAGCUCAAGUCUUUGCAACAGUUUCUUCCAACCAGGCCAAGCGAAAUCCUAUCCAAGGUAUCCAGAAGAUGUCCACUGAAAGUACAACCACCCCACAAACAAGCUUCAUGUUUGGUCAACCGUCCAAAACUGAUGUUUCCGUGGCUCCUGCUAGCUCAGUGGAGCAAAGCACCAACAAAAGUUUCUCCUUCACCUCAGCGUCCACGGGCUUCAGUUUUGCUUCAGUUACACAGGGAACUGGAAUGUCACAAGUGAAGGAUGUAAAUAAAUUUUCCUUUGGUGGAAAUGGCAAGAUGGUUUUUGGCCAGACUGGAGAGGAGGCAUUCUCCCUCACCCCAAAGUCCACAUCCCCUGCACUAGGCACUGCGUCCCCCACCUUGCCUGCAAACCUGUCAGGAGAAGCAGCCAAACCCACCUCCACCACAGCUGCCCUCAGGAUAGAGCCACAGCCCCCUAAGACAAUAGGAGGAGAGACUCUGGGCAGUUUCUCUGGACUACGUGUGGGCCAAGGAGAAGAAGCUAAAGAUUCCUCCACCAAAUCUACUCCUGCCUCAUUUACCUUUGGUGAUGCUGGACUUGGGAUGGGUAAGGGAGCAGCACAGUUUAGCUUUGGUGCAGGUCUUCAAAAGUCUGCAGAGGAAUCUACAGGAGCAGACCUGUCCAAGGGGGUAGUGUCAGGCAGUUUGUUCAAGCCUCCUGAAUCGAAUAACAAGCCGGCCUUCUCUGUUCCCCAGUCUGGCUCAACUGCUUCAGGUUUACCUACGUCUUUCAGUAGUCUUCUUACGGCAUCUUCGGACUCCUCACAGGACCCAAAGGCUCCCCCACAAAUUUCAGAACCCACACCCCCUGAGAAAGAACCUGCUUCUGAAGCCACUGUAGAGAGCUCUAGUCCCCCUGUAGUACCUGAUUCUGCAGGGGAUGCAGCCACCAUAGCAGCCAAACCAACACCUGCAGCACCAGCACCCACACCUCCUUUGGCUGCACCUGUCCCAACUCCAGACCCUGCCUCCACCAUCACUGCACCCCCUGAAGCCACCCCUCCAGCGCCAAUCAGUGCUGCUCCUGCAACAGAAGCUACCACAGACACCACCACCACUGCUCCUGUGCCCACUUCACUUCCUGCCACCCCUGCUGUGGCACCUGUCUCCCAGGUAGCACCAGCAGCGUUUCAGGUUCCUAGCUCUGACAAACCAGGUUCCAUUUUUACUCAGCCUCCUCCUGUGACAACAGACAGCAGUUCCCUUGGAGUCACACCAGUUAUCAACACAGUUGCCCCUGCAGCCACCACUCCCACCCCCACCACUGUUAGCAGUGCAUUAACUACUGCUACUAGCACUGUGUUUGGACAACCUGCUGCACCUCCAGCUUCUUCAGCCCCCUCAGCCCUAGCGGCCCCAGCAGCACCAGCGGCACCAGCAGCCCCAGCAGCACCAGCAACCCAAGCAGCCCCAGCAAUCACAGGAUUUGGCUCAUCUGGGUUUAGUGCAUCAACAGGAGCUAGUUUUGGCAAAUCUGUAUUCGGUCAGCCGAGUAGCUUUGGCCAGCCCGCCAGCAACACUGGAACAUCCAGCAGCUUUUCUUUUGGCCAGCCAGCAUUUGGUGCAAGUUCUAGUAGUGUGACUACGGGAGGAGGAGGAGGUCUUUUUGGUGCUUCCACUGCUAGCAAUGCGAGUUCCUUCUCCUUUGGCACAAGCAGUGCCAACACAGCCAGCAGCACUGGCUCAGGGCUGUUUGGACAAAGCACAGCCCCAGCAUUUGGCCAGAGCUCUGGAUUUGGGCAAGGGUCUGUGUUUGGGAGUAACACCACCACGUCAUCAUCGUCAGGAUUCAGCUUUGGACAGCCCUCAGGUUUUGGUUGCUCCUCUGCCACCCCUGUGUUUGGCCAACAAUCCAACAGUGGGAGUGUGUUUGGACAGCAGCAGCCAUCAUCUGGCGGGGGUCUGUUUGGUUCAAGUUCAGCCAAUACAGCGGGCUCAGCAGCUGGUGGAGGAUUCUUCAGUGGCCUGGGAGGCAAACCGACCGAGGAGGCUGCCAACAAGAACCCAUUCGGCACAGCCGCCUCCACAGGAGGGUUUGGGCAGUCUGCUCAGACAGGUGCCAACAGUCUGUUUGGGAACAGUGGUGCCAAGACCUUUGGUUUUGGACAGUCCGGUUUUGGUGAGCAGAAACCUAGCGGGACCUUCAGCACUGGAGGAGGGAGUGUCGCAUCCCAGGGCUUUGGCUCCUUCUCUACUCCUACAAAACCCGGUGGAUUUGGCAGCGCUCCUGUGUUUGGGAGUCCCCCGUCUUUCGGUGGUUCCCCAGCAUUUGGUGGUGCUGCAUCAUUUGGCUCCAGCCCUUCAUUCAGCAACAACAUGGGAUCCUCAGCUGGUAAGGUGUUUGGAGAGGGAACAGCAGCUGCCAACAUGGGAGGAUUUGGGUUUGCCCCACCUCCCAACGCCCCGUCCUUUGGGGCUCUAGCUAAUCAGAACACUCCGUCAUUCGGGAGCCUGGCCCAGCAGGGCUCUGGGUUUGGAAAUCAGCCCAGCGGCUUCUCUGGCUUUGGACAACAGCCACAGGCAGGAGGAUUCUCUGGAAACACCUUUGGGUCUGCAAACCAAUCAAGUUCACAAACAUUUGCCAGUUGGAGAAGCUAGUUUUAUUAAACCUCCAUGAGCCACAGUACUCUCUGCAAUCAAGUCCUUUGUGCCACACAAUGGGAGGAGGGAAAGGGGAAGAGCUGUGUUGCAUUUUGGUUGAAGGGGUAAAUAAAGUAAAUUAGAGGAUAGAUUUACGUGCAUUUUCUUUGUAGAAAACUCUUGUUUAAGAAAAGAAAAUGACAAGUUUUCAAGCAGCUUGCAGAGUGCAGUUUAUUCUCUACGUACUGUAUUCAUUUAGGAAGUUUGUGACGUAUUACGCGGUCUUCAUAUUUUCUUAGGACACAGGAGUGUUGACCUCCUUACAGACAGAGGACAGGUCAAUGUGAGAAUGUGAAGUGUAGUCACACAUUGUUUCACGCUGAUACAGUUUACAGACUUCAAUAUCAUCCCCUUUACCGUCAUGACAUUCAUACUCCAGAGUGAUGUUGCCUUCUGUCUAGCAUUUAAAAUUUGACUUUAUGCACUUUGAAACAUCAGUGUAUUAAAAGUUUUGAGCUUUACUUCUGAACAUUUCACUUUUUCUCAUAAUUAUGUGUAAUGGUAUUGUCAGCAUGGCUUUAUGAAAUACUGUUCAAUCCAGCUCCAGCUAAGUGUCCAUACGGCCUUCAACAGAUAAAUGUUGAAAAUGCAUACCCAUGUGGAAUGUACCAAAAUUUAACAAACCCAACCUUUUGAACUAUGACAAAAGGAGUUGUGAUUUUAAAUUAAAAGUAAAAUUUUCCUUUUCAAAUAGUUUUGCAGUAAAUCCCCUAUUGAUGUAUAUUUUUACAUGAAAAAGUGGAAAUAAACAAAAUUUCUCAAAGAGUUA